CUCCUCUCUUCUCCCAUUCUCUCAUUGCUUAGUUUGCUCCAUUUUAGAUCCCCUCGCCCAAAUUCCCUCGGUUCCUUCGUGCAGCCUCAUCAUGACCAAGAAAAGUGUUCUUGGUCUCCGGGAUUCUUCCCUGGCUUAUCGCCUGUCUGGCGAGCUCCCGGAGGAAACAGCUGCAUUCACCUCAACCUCUUCUGCUGCUCCCAGCACAAGCACUGCCACGUUCUCCCCCGAGGACUAUGCGAAACCCUACUGUGAUUUCAUGACCUCAAACCCUACUAUCUUUCAUGCGGUCGACGGCUUUACCAAACAGCUGGAGAAGAACGGGUACAAGCGCCUGCCAGAGCGGGAAACUUGGACCAACAAGUUAGAGCGUGGAGGUAAAUACUACGUCACCCGGAACUCCAGCGCUUCCAUUGCGUUCUCGAUCGGAAAGGAUUAUCAAAGUGGCAAUGGGUUGGCUAUCAUCGCCGGCCACAUUGAUGCGCUCACCGCCAAAUUGAAGCCUGUCUCCAAGCUGCCCAACAAGUCGGGCUAUGUCCAACUAGGGGUUGCUCCGUAUGCCGGUGCUCUGAGCGACACCUGGUGGGAUCGUGACCUUUCCGUCGGAGGUCGCGUCCUCGUCCGUAACCCAAGCAGCGGUAAAGUCGAGUCCAAGUUGGUCAAGUUGGACUGGCCAAUUGCGCGAAUCCCAACCCUAGCUCCCCAUUUUGGGGCUCCCUCGCAGCCGCCAUUCAAUAAAGAAACCCAAAUGGUUCCGAUCAUUGGUGUGGAUAACUCGGAUCUCUUCUCGCAGCAAACCCCAUCCUCGUCCGACGCUGCUAGCGGGAUCAAACCCGGCACGUUUGCGGCCACACAACCGGAGAAGCUGGUCAAAGUAAUCUCUGGGGAGCUUGGUAUCACCGACUAUAGCACCAUCCUGAGUUGGGAGCUCGAGCUGUUUGACAGUCAACCCGCAAGACUUGGUGGCCUGGAAAAGGAUCUCAUUUUUGCCGGGCGAAUCGAUGACAAGCUCUGCUGUUAUGCGGCCCAGGAGGCUCUGCUGGCAUCGUCCGAUGACACCUCAACUGGCUCUGUCAAGAUGGUGGGAAUGUUUGACGACGAGGAAAUUGGUAGCUUACUGCGCCAAGGCGCUCGCUCCAAUUUCAUGAGCAGCGUGAUCGAGCGCAUUACGGAGGCCUUUGCGCCUGAGUAUGGGCCCAACCUACUGUCUCAGACAGUGGCUAACAGCUUCUUCGUCUCCUCCGACGUCAUUCAUGCCGUCAAUCCAAACUUCGCCAGUGUCUAUCUUGAAAAUCAUGCUCCCCGUCUGAACGUUGGCGUGGCCGUGUCUGCCGAUUCAAAUGGCCACAUGACGACGGACAGCGUGAGCUACGGCUUUAUGAAGCGCGUCGCCGAUCGUACUGGGUCGGCCUUGCAGGUCUUCCAGAUCCGCAAUGACUCCCGUAGUGGUGGGACGAUCGGGCCCAUGACCAGCUCUCGCAUCGGGAUGAGGGCCAUCGAUGUCGGGAUUCCCCAGCUGAGCAUGCACAGCAUCCGCGCCACAACCGGACGUUUGGACCCGGGCUUGGGAGUGAAGCUAUUCAAGGGCUUCUUUGAUCAUUUCGAGGAAGUCGACAAGGAGUUCGCCGACUUUUAAUUCCUACGAUGCUACGACGGAGACACUUAUUGCCAUUGACUCGAAUAUCUGUCUGUCCUCUGUCGGCGUACAAGUGCCUCCACGACGACCCCAUUUCCCCUGUUUAUCUCAAGACUCUAUCAAUUAGACUACUGUUGGUUGCUAGCACCAGCUGGCAGGUUCAGCUAGAAAUCUCGAUUGGUUUUCGAUUAAUGGUUGAAUAAUAUUCUAAUAGGAGUGCUAUAUCUGUGUAGUAUAUAUAUAUAGACUGAAAGAGAAAACAAG